GAAGCAGAGUGUGUGAGGGGUAUUAAGAAGAUCAGGUAAUGUAUGGGGAGGGGGUAGGUGAGUACGGGGGCGGGAUAUGAGGGGUUAAUGAGAGGCAGCGCGAGUGAAUGGGAGUCACAUGGAGGAACAGGCUCGGGGAGGAGAGAGGAGUGAAGGCAAUUCCCAUACACAGCGCAGAGAUUCCAGCAGUUUUGGGGGGUGGGAGGAGACCCAGAAUAUCCCUCAUUCCUUCCUACCGUGGUGCUGAAUCUGACUGUCACUCCCCGCACUGUCCCGACUGCCGCCUGACUGACUGUCAGCUCCAAUCUCCCUGCCAUCCUGCUACUUCCCGCCUGGUAUUCCCGGUGCUGCCUUCCCGGCGGAAUUAGCGUCUGUGCAGCCAAUUAACCUGGCACUUCAGUGGCACCUGCGAUUCCCACUACCAGCCUCGCACCUUCUAUUCACAUGUCCGGUACCCUCCAGCCUGGCACCAGCGAUCCCUCCUGCAACUGCCACCCAGGAACCCUUUAACUUUAUUGUAGCCUGGCAGCUCUGAACACAAAAGCCUAGUAGUGCCCCAUUUGCCCUCCCCGCACCACCAGCCUGGUACCUACUAGUCUCUCUGCUUCUCAGAUGUAUUCCUGCUGCCCCAAACAGCCUGGCUCCUUAAUCAAGUCUCCAAACACCCCCAGCCUGGCACCUGUAACCUGCCCUCCCAGCACCCCAGCCCACCACCACUGACCAACUCUUACUCUCCCAGCCUGACACCCCCAGCCCUUGAACUCUACCCAAGAUCUAUCACUAUGCACUUUAAUGCGACCCCCCAGCUCCCGCAGGCAGGAGGACCCCUUUACCAUGAUGUCCAGGACUUGCUGCUUCCCACCGCUUCUGGCAGCAACUUGUCCAACCUUUCAGACCUCAUGCCCAAGCCGAUCAUGUCAGAGGAUGAACUGGAUGUCAACACUGAUAUUUACUCGAAAAUCCUGGUCACCAUCAUCUACCUCUUCCUCUUCAUCGUGGGCUGCACUGGCAACUCCAUCACUGCCUACACCCUGGUAAAGAAGAAGUCCCUGCAGAACCUUCAGAGCACAGUGCACUACCACCUGGCCAGCCUUGCCCUCUCCGACCUGCUCAUCCUCAUCCUCAGCAUGCCCAUUGAGCUCUACAACUUCAUCUGGGUCCACCACCCCUGGGCAUUUGGCAACAUUGUGUGCAAGGGCUACUACUUCCUCAGGGAUGCCUGCACCUAUGCCACAGCUCUGAACAUCGCCAGCCUCAGCGUGGAGAGGUACCUGGCCAUGUGCCACCCAUUCAAGGCCAAAAGCAUCAUGUCCAGAAGCAGGACUAAGAAACUCAUCAGCUUCAUCUGGCUGGCAUCCCUGCUUCUGGCCAGCCCUAUGAUCUUCACCAUGGGGCAAAUAUAUGGGUUGGAUACAGAACAUCCCAAUAACCUUAUCUGUACCAGAAUCGUGGAAAUGUCCACUUUCAAAACUGUAAUCCAGGUCAAUGCCUUCCUCUCUUUUGUUUUCCCGAUGUUGGUCAUUUCCGUGCUGAACACCAUCAUUGCCAACCAACUGAUCAUCAUGGUGAAGCAAGCCCACCAGGAAAACCAAGUGUGCACCAUCGGGGGCCAGCAGACGGUCCUGAAUAUGUCAAUAGAACCCAGCCGCAUUCAGUCACUGAAACAUGGUGUCCGAGUCCUGAGAGUGGUUGUGAUCGCCUUUGUCGUGUGCUGGUUGCCAUACCACGUGCGCCGCCUGAUGUUCUGUUAUGUUCCAGAAGAGAUGUGGACGGAUGAACUCCACGAUUUCUACCAUUACUUCUACAUGAUGACCAACGUGCUGUUCUAUGUCAGCUCCACUGUAAAUCCCAUCCUCUACAAUCUGGUGUCCGCCAAUUUUCGUCAGAUCUUCGUCUCUACGCUCGGUUUUUUUUGCCCACCCUGGAGAAGGAAGAAGAAGCGACCUACCUUCACCCGCAAAUCCAACAGUAUCUCCAGCACCAACCACACAUUCUCCACCCAGAUCACCAGAGAGACCCCAUAUUGAGGUUCCAUAAGGAUGGAAGUCAACAGGCAAAGCUACACAUCUUAGUCCUCUUUAUCCAGGUCAUCAGAGAGACAUCCAAACUACUAUUCCAUAAGGAUUGUGAUCAACAGUUUUCUUCAAACUAUACCAACCAUUCGCCAUCAAGGGUUCCUCUCAAAGUCAACGUUCAUAUUGUAUCUACUGCUUUAUAUAUGCAGGAUAUAAUUGUUGUUCAAGAACCACUGUCGUCUUAAUCCCAGCAGGCUGUCAUUGAUGAAUUCAGGUCAAUCUAUAUUUAUGGGUAUUUUUAUUUAAGAUUUCCUGGCAGGAAAUCAUUUCUUUUCGAGCAGACAGAUAUUGCACCAGUUUAUUCCAUGCAGACCCUUGUUGAUAAGAAAC